AUGGAGACUGUUCCAGAAACCGAGGAUAUGAUCCAUUCGUUCUGUAUAGGUCAACAUGAAUCCAACCGUCAAGUACCGUUGAGUACACGGUCGAUUCAGUUUGCUCACGCGAGUAAUUAUGACAUGCUGACUACUCCAAUAACGAAUUCGCAUUUUCAUUCCCGCGUCUUAUCCUUACUAUCGUCCCAUUUAUCUUCAUUAGAGCCACCAUCUUAUGAUUCAAUUGGCACCCGGGCAACCUCAUUAAACACCAAGGCUGUUACAGUUCCUCCUCUCUCGCCGGCAGAUACACCUUUAACGCCCAACGAAGCAAUUAGCCAAGUUGUUGGAAUCACUAGUUCCUGGAUCGAUUUAUGCUCACCAGAUCCUUUGAUAGCCGAAAUUUCUCGCCAAGUGUUGAUGUUGGAGGUUGCAUACGCGGCAUUUUGCGGCAUUAGCUAUCUCCUAGUUCCAGGGCCUAAGCUUCAACAUGGCAAUCUUCAUUGCGAAGGGCUGAUAUACUAUGCCAGAGCCAUACAGGAAGCCCUGACCAUUGCGCCAUAUAUCCAAUUCCAUAUCUGGUUGAAGAUGAUUGAAAUUUCAGGAUUGGAGACUACUGAAAUGGGAGAUUUGUCUCCAUUUGCACGGACUGAGUUCCUUGAUCCAAGUGAAGACCGCUCGGCCAAGAUUGAUCUUUUCGGAGCCUGGGAUGCAUGGGAGAUCAUACGAACGACCUGCAAACACCACUCUAGGUUAUUAGUCGCGCUGGCACUCCCAAAACUUCUUCCGAUCCUGCAAGUCCAGACAAGGUGGUAUUCGGAGCCUGUCCACCUAUUGACGAUCAAUGCAACGACUUUCAUUAAAAAUCAAAAAGGAUAUCCUGUCUUAUCCAAAGCUCAUCAAGCACUAAUAGCCAAGUUUAUGCGGCUUCGCACACCUCCAUGGAUAUUGCUUUGCGAUGUUGGCCCGAUCCCUGGUCUUGAGGCAGACGAUGUAUCUCAGACGGGAGAAGCUCCCGUCGAUAAGACUGAUUAUCCUACUAUUGCACAGACCAUGGCUCAAGCGAGAAAGCACCACGACCCCACACCCCAUCUAUCUUACAUGAGGAAUCUCCAACAACGGCAACCUCCUCGUACUCCCAUCGAGAGGUUCGGCACUGGAUACCAAGAUUACUUGCAGGCCCCCUUGCAACCGUUGACAGUGAAUUUGGAGAGUAUCACCUACGAAGUAUUCGAGAAGGAUCCUAUCAAAUAUGCAUGGUAUGAACGAGCUGUUGCGAAAGCUCUGAGCGACUGGAUGGAGCAGAAGAAACCCACGUCAGGCCCAGAUGGUAAAGUCGUCGUUGCUGUCGUAGGUGCUGGUCGUGGCCCUUUGGUGACGCGCGCUCUACGUGCAAGUGCAGAGACCGGUGUCAAGAUUGAAAUGUGGGUUGUUGAGAAGAAUCCAAAUGCGUUUGUUCUUCUCCAGCACCAUAACGAGAACAUCUGGGGCGGUGCUGUGAAUCUGGUCAAAUCGGACAUGCGAAGUUGGAAGGGUCCUCAUAGGGAGAUCGAAAAUAGUGCAGAUCCACAAAACCAGGGCUCUGUGGAUCACACACCUAUUGACAUUCUCAUCUCUGAGCUCCUGGGCUCUUUCGGAGACAACGAGCUUUCGCCGGAAUGCUUAGAUGGAGUGACGCAUUUACUCAGCCCAGGACAUGGUAUAUCUAUCCCAGCAUCAUACUCUGCACAUUUGACACCUAUUGCAGCGCCAAAGUUAUAUGCCGACAUAUGUGGUCAGAGAAUAUCCAAUCCUGCUGCACCUGAGACGCCAUAUGUAGUCAUGCUUCAUGCCAUUGACUACUUGUCUACAACUUCAUCACCUGGAGGGGGACAAGCUGCCAGUCACACAACCCAACUCAGUAGCAGCGUUACUAGUACACACAGCGCAGUCGGUGCCAGGAGUUCGACAUUAACGCCGCCACCGGUCUUUGAAGCUCCAACUCCAAUUGUACUUCCAGCUUGGUCCUUUUCGCAUCACAACCCCAAUAUUCCUCCUCUGUCAACAACUUCGUCUAUGAUUACUAAUGAGCACAACGUCCGUCAAACCCGUCUUGCUUUCCCUUGUCAGAAUCGUGGCGUCUGUCAUGGGCUGGCAGGGUACUUUGAGACUGUGCUUUAUAGUGAUAUUGAGUUGUCCACCAAUCCAGUGACGAUGGACGCCAAAAGUCCUGGGAUGAUCAGUUGGUUCCCUAUAUACUUUCCACUUAAGACUCCUCUCUACGUCCCCGACAACGGCGAAGUCGUCGUAACCAUGUACCGACAAACCGACAAUCGCAAAGUCUGGUAUGAAUGGAUGGUUGAAGUGUUCCGUCUUGAGCGAACAUCGCCGACACCAGCAGCAACAAGUCCACAGCGAAGCACUACACCAGUAAUGAUGAGUGGAGGGAACAGAGCUGUUCCUGUGGCAUCUUCUGGAACUACUAAUAAGACACAGAAUGGGUAUCAACGAAUUCGUGUGGGAAUGAGUGAGAUGCAUUCAAGUAUCAAGGAUGGGUGUCUUAUGUGA